AUGACCACGGAAGCGCUGCCCGCGGAAGUGUUUGCCCACCAGUGUCGCCAGGCCCACCAGUUGGUGCAGGCGUAUCUUGACGAUAAGCUCCCGCCACCGACCAAGCCCGGGUACGUUACUGACCCGGCGGUUAAACAACGGGUCAAACAACGCAUCCGCCAGCUGAUGGCCGAGCUCAGCCACGCGUUGGACGACGUCAGCGACGUCGCCAUGUCCUACAACGGCGGCAAGGACUGUCUCGUGAUGGUCGUGCUUAUCCUCGCCGUGCUCCACACUAAGAGUCUCCCGCCAAACUACCAGUUGGAUUCGGUUUAUAUUAACGCCGAAGUUGAAUUUGCCGAGGUACGCGAGUUUAUCCGCCAGCUGAACCAGCGGCUAGGCCUCCGGCUGGUGCCGAUAAAAGCCCAUUUGAAGCAAGGGUUCCAACAGUACUUGGACGCCAAUCCGCAUAUCAACCGCAUCAUCAUCGGCAUCAGACGCUCCGACCCGUAUGGCGCCACCCUCAAAUUUGCUCAAGCCACUGACGGCGACUGGCCCCGGUUCACCCGGCUACAUCCGAUCCUUGACUGGACGUAUGUUGAUGUGUGGGCGUUCCUCGUGGAGACGGGGAUCGACUACUGUCCGAUGUACGACCAGGGCUAUACCAGUCUAGGUGGACGUGAUACUACGGUACCCAACCCGUUUUUAAAGCGAGAUGACGGCACUUAUGCCCCAGCGUAUAUGCUCACUGAGGACGCCGAUGCUCGCGAACGGCUAGGCCGGUGUCGCUACACUGAAUGCCAGCGUCUGAAUCGAGACGUCGCCGACACCAUUACUAAUGGUAAUGGUAACUCCACCAAUAACAACUACAUGACCAAUACCAACCAGUCGGCCCCGGUACUGGGCCAAACUAAAGACUAA